UCGGGUGUGCGCGAAGCAUCGUGUGUCUCUAUCAUUCUCUUUCUCUUUCUCUCUCUUUCUCUCUCUCUCUUUCUCUCUUUCUCGCGGGGCCGCCGCCCGCCGCAGCUCUUCUCCAGAAUCUUCGCGAAUUUUUCGCGACGUUUUCCUUUGAGAGAAGGAGAGAGAGCGAUAAUUUUCCUUCUCUCGAGAUUUUUUACGAGAAACCGUCACGGUUUGCCGUCACCCACGCAACUCCCACGUUUGACACUUUAAUCAGCCGAAGUGCGCGAAGGGAGAGAGGGAGGUUGUCUAUCUGAAAACGUGCGUGAGAAAAGUUGCGGAAAGAAACGCAGUGCGGAAAGAACGAGUUUGUUGCCUCUCCUCAAGGAAGAUCUGUGUGCUGUGAUUUAUCACUAAGGGGGCCAAAACACGCGCAACAACGGACAACCCCACAGGACCGGGGGGUGCUUCUCGUGUCUCGGGAGGAAGGGACGAUAUACGCUCCCUAUCCACUGAGCAACGCUGGAUCCCUCCUUCAACUGUUAGACGCGAUGCACUCACCCCAGAAAGCCGAAAUGAUCUCAUCUUUAGAAAGGUACGGGGUAUUCUUAACAAGCUCACACCGGAAAAAUUUGCAAAGCUGAGCAACGACCUGCUCAACGUUGAGCUUAAUUCCCAUGUGAUUCUCAAAGGUGUUAUUUUCUUGAUCUUCGAAAAAGCGCUUGAUGAACCCAAGUACAGUUCUAUGUACGCACGGCUGUGCAAACAGCUGUCUGACGAAGCCGCAAACUUUGAACCCCGUAAACCGAUCGAUGAAAGUCAAAAAGGCCAGAGCACAUUCAGAGUCCUUUUACUUAACAAGUGCAAAGACGAGUUCGAAAAUCGUUCAAAAGCAAGCGAGGCGUUCGAGAAUCAGGAUGAGCUUGGUCCAGAGGAAGAGGAGCGCCGGCAGGUGGCCAAGCGCAAGAUGCUCGGUAACAUCAAGUUUAUCGGGGAGCUCGGCAAGCUGGGCAUCGUGUCGGAGCCGAUUCUACAUCGUUGCAUCCAGCAGUUGCUGGAGAAGAAAAGGCGAGGGGGAUCCCGGGGGGACGCGGCGGAGGAUAUCGAAUGUCUCUGCCAGAUUAUGCGUACCUGCGGCCGUAUCCUUGACUCGGAUAAGGGCCGCGGACUCAUGGAUCAAUACUUCAAACGUAUGAACUCUCUGGCAGAGAGUAGGGAUCUUCCUCUACGCAUCAAAUUCAUGCUGCGUGAUGUGAUUGAGUUACGCCGUGACGAUUGGAAACCGCGCAAGGCCACCAGCACCGAAGGCCCCAUGCCGAUUAAUCAGAUCCGCAACGACAACGAGGAGCCAUCGCGGGGAAAUGGUUUCCACAGAGGACGAGAGGAUCGCCUCGGUGCGGAGUUUUUACGAAAGAUGGGACGAGGCGGAUUAGACGUAGACAUGAUGGGAAGUAUUCCAUUGACUUCCCCCUCAUUCGGUAUGCCACCACCAUUCAGUCCGAAUGGAUUCGCAGGGACUCCUGGGGUUGGUUAUGGCCGUCAUAAUCAACGUAAUCAGCCAGGAGGAGGAGGCUACUAUCAAAACCAGAAUCGUCAUCAGAACAAUUACGAAGGAAAACGCAACCAGCCACAACAUAAUUUACCGCAAAACUUUAACAACAAUAGCAAUAAAGAACAACUUCGAUUCAAUAAAAAUAAGAUGUUAAUCGGAGGACAUCCGGAGGAAGUGUCUCUGAGACCUUCAGCCAAUUCAAUGAUGUUCAAACAAACUAAUAUCAACUUGAACCUACCUCUCAACAAUGAUUUGUUCCCAGGACGAGGCACAGACAUGCCUCUCUUGCGUAAUACCGCCAGUUUGAAGGCCAGUUCGCCUCUAUUGCACAAAGAAACACCACCUGCUAUCGUGAUCAAGCAAGGUCCCGUAGACAAGCGCGAGAAGGCUCGGGAUAGAAAGGACAAGGGUCCUACACGGGAGGAAGUGUUGAAAAAGGUGAAUGCGUUAAUGGACGAUCUCGCGUCACAUACAAACGUGCAGGAUGCUUUGACUGCCUUUAAAGAUCUUAAAAUUCCUGAGCGAUUCUUGCGUCACGCGAUCUGCACGAUGUUUUCAAACACAUUGGAUCGCGGAGACUCCGAACGCGAGCUCGCCAUCAAGCUCGUGGUCGAGCUCAAGAAGGAGAACUUGCUCACUUUGCAGCAAGUGAAUGAAGGAUGGAAGGAAUUGGUGGCCAGUAUAUCGGAGAAGGAAAGUACCGUGCCUUUGGUAGCGUCCCACGUUGCCUUCCUGACAGCUAAGGCCAUAGUGGACAAUUUAAUUCAGUUGACGGAUCUCGCCUCGGAAACAGAAAACGGUCGUCAUCAUCCGCUGUUCCUACUGACUUUACAACAGCUCCACAAGACCCAAGGCAAGACAAGGCUUACGCAGAUCUUCAACGAUAGCAAAGUGGAUCUUAUCAGUCAACUGCCAGAAGCGGAGAAGACAAAGGAGCGCUUGGGCGAGAUCCUGGAAGACCGAGAAUUGACUUUCCUUUAUCCUCUUCUCAGAAUCCAGGGAGAUAUGUGGCGUCAAUUAGAGGCCGAUCCAGCGCCUAACGCUCUUUACAAAUGGAUCAAGGAGAAGUUGGAUCCUCAACACCAUUCAGAUCCCGCAUUUAUUAAUGCUAUGAUGAAUGUACUUUUCAAGUAUAUUACUGGGGAAACAACAUUGGCACCUGGCGUUGAUCCGACCGUACUUCCAGACAAACAACUGCAAGAAAAGGAAAGUGCGUUACUGCAGAAAUAUGCACGUUUUAUUCGCACAUUCCUGACUACCAUCGAUUCUCAAGUUACGGCUCUUCAUGCGCUUCAAGUGUUCUGCUUCUCGCACAAUUUUCCAAAAGGGUUGCUGCUGCGAUGGUUCAUAGCACUCUACAACCUUGAAGUUAUUGAAGAAGAAGCAUACCACAAAUGGAGAGACACAGUUACCGAUGCUUAUCCGGGCAAGGGCAAGGCAUUAUUCCAGGUAAAUACAUGGUUAACAUGGCUUGCUGAAGCAUCGGAGGAGGAAGAGGAAGACGAUGAGGAUGAGAAGAAUUAAUCAGAAGAGCCUCGAAAACAUUCAGACUACCUAUGAUUUGGAAUAGGGUUUUACUAUCUAUAUCGCUGAACCGCAAAAGGUUUCAGUUUUAUUAAUUGAGUUAUCUCCAUCCAGAAUCACAAACAUCUUGUUAGUCUGUCUCAAGCCCUCUCGCGUGAUUGAAAAGGACUUUAUAAUCAUGUCUGGGAAAGGAUAAGAGUUUGUAACUAAUGAGUGGUAUAUGACAGACGUUUCACAAGCAAGACGUUUUAGAAUUUUUUUAGAUAAUUAAAAAAAAAUCGGUACAUAAUUUAUAUUAUAAAAUAACAUUGGGCUAGCACAGAUACAAUCGAGAUACUACGCCGCUAUAUGUUUACGGUGCGGAAAGCGAAAAAAAAAGAAAAAAAAGAAAACGCAAGAAAAUUAAUCUGGUCAUUUUUUGUCCGAGUUUUUGUCUAGUAUUGUGCAUGUGUCACGUUUUGUAAGUCUUUUUGUCCGCGGCAAUAAGUGAAGUCGUUUGUUAUCUCUGUGUACCAAGCAUUACAUUUAUUAUGAGGAAUUAUUAUUAUUAUUAUCAAUUAUUAAUAUUAUUAUUAUAUUAUUAAUAUUAUACAUAAUUAUCAUCCAAUAAUCGAAAUAUAUCUACAUCUUUCUAAUGAAAAAAAAAAAGAAAAAAUCGGAAUUAAUCAGGAACGAAUGGCCGACUCAGUAGUGUACGCAAAAUGCAAACCGUGAAGCACUUUAUUUUCCAAACCGGAAUAAAAUCUUUAGAUUGCGAUUUUAGACAUACUUAAAUUGCCGAAACUAAAGAAAAAGAAAAAAGUGAAUACACCGUUUGCCUGUGUAUCUACUUGCAGCGCCACUUGAUUCUUAAUAAGUAAUUAAUUAAUUACAGUUAUAAUAACAACCAGCAGCCAACAUCACAUCCAUUUAACAAUAAUAAUUAGCGAACAUUAGUGACACGACUAAAACUCGUAUUUAAAAGGAAAGAAAAAAAGAAUAAAAUAUGCCUUGGUGUAAUUUAUUACA